UGCCUGGUAGCUCUUGAUUCUUGAAAUUAGAAACUGAAAAGUCAUCAUUACAAGUUGAAAAGUAUAACAAAGAACUGAAAAAAGGCUGGAUCAAAGGUGGAGAAGAAUGGUGAGCCUAAUUUUUAUCCUGUCCCAAACUUGCAUUCUCCUGGCUUGCUUUGCUGCGUUCGCCUUGUACAAGUUCACCACCUCCGAUGGGGAUUUCACUUUAAUCUCAAAAGGGGCUGUGAAGCGUGACGAAAUCGAAGACAAGGUUAUUUGGAUUACUGGAGCAAGUCGUGGAAUAGGGGAGGUCCUAUCAAAGCAACUUGCCAGCUUAGGGGCAAAAAUUAUUUUAUCUGCACGAAAUGAGGCUGAACUACAGCGUGUGAGGCAGCAACUUUCUGGAAAACAUGCACCGAAUAAAGUGGAAGUUUUACCCCUAGAUUUGACAGCAAGUGAAGAUGUUCUUAGGAAGGCUGUAGAGAAAGCUGAGUCUUUUUUUGAUGGAUCGGGUGUGGAUUAUAUGUUCCAUAAUGCAGCUUAUGAACGUCCUAAAUCAACAGCACUGGAUGUCACAGCAGAAAGUCUCAAGGCCACUUUUGAUGUGAAUGUUCUUGGCCCAAUAUCUUUGACUCAAUUGUUGGCGCCAUACAUGCUGAAGCGGGGAAGAGGACAUUUUGUUGUGAUGAGCAGUGCUGCUGGAAAGGCUCCUGCUCCAGGCCAAGCAGUGUACUCGGCUUCCAAAUUUGCAUUAAAUGGAUACUUUCACACGCUGCGUUCUGAGCUUUGUACGAAAGGGAUUAAGGUUACAAUAGUUUGCCCGGGACCUGUAAAAACAUCAGAGAUUCCUGAAGCAAGCAUCUUAAGAGUAGGGGGUGCCACUGAGAAGCGUGUCUCCUCUGAACGGUGUGCAGAACUGACCAUAAUUGCUGCCAGCCAUGGUCUCAAGGAAGCCUGGAUAUCAUAUCAGCCUGUGCUUGCUGUAAUGUACUUAGUACAGUAUGUUCCAACAAUUGGAUACUGGCUUAUGGACAAGAUUGGAGCAAAGCGUGUAGAAGCUGCAGCCCAGAAAGGCAACACCUACUCUUUGGGUUUACUUUUUAACAAACAGAAGGCGCAUUGAACCAGUUUGUUUGUUUAUUUACUACGUAGUUUUCAAGCACAUGUGAUAGAUCAUAGAUAAUAAACGAGAAUCAAUGUUAAAUGUCAAUGUUGCGUAUAAUUUUUGUUACAAAAAGUUCAUCUCAAUAACAUUUGCGGUCAUAUAUCUUGUGUAUUAUUCAACAAUGAGACACGCUUCUUUUAGAAAAUAGUUAUACAAAAAAAGGUUAAACUAA